AGCGCGCGAGGAGGAGGAAGAAAGAGGGAGCGCAAAAGCGAGGAGGCGCACGGGAGAAAGGGGGAGGAGGGGAAAGGGCGGAGGCAGGGACACGGAGCGGCGGGACACGAGGAAAGGGGGAAGGGAGGGCCACGGGCCCGAGAAAGAGGAAAAGCAAGACGGCGGGGGGGAGAGCCCGGAGGCGCCACAGGACGGACAAAAGCCAAACCGGAAGGGACAGCGGACGAGAGAACGCGGAAGAAGCGGGACAAGAGGGCCAAGGAGAGGCGAGGCAAAGCCGGGGAGGAGACAAGAGGGCCGAAGAGCCGAAAGGGGGCGACGGCCAAAGAAAGAGGGGAAACGCGCAGCAAGAGGGGCGAAGGAGGGAGGAACAAGAAAAAGACAAGAAGCGCACAAGCGCCAGGAAGAAGGGGGAAGAGGGCAAAAGGCGCGCAAAGGAAAGGGGGGCAGACAGGGAAGCGCGAAGGAGCAAAGGGCGGGGGAGAGAGGAGGGAGCGGGGCAAAAAGAGGAGCCAAAAAAGAAAGGAAGCGCAAAAGCCGACGAGGCGGACCAGCGGCAGGGGAGAGGAAGGGGACGGCGAGGCGCGAGCACCGAGAGCGAAGAAGGGGGCAACAGACAAAGGAGGGAGGGAAAAGCAGAGGAGGGCGAAAGGAAGGCCAAAGAGGAGGAGGGGCAGGAAGCGCGAAAGGCGGCGCGAAGGGCCGAACAACCGGCAACCGCCAGGGCAGGAGAAAAGAAGGGGGAGGGGAGGACGGACGAACAAGGGGCGCGGGGGGAAAAAAGGGAGAAGGGGGAGGCGAAAAGGAGACAACAAAAAGGCGGCGCGGGGAAAAGGCAGCGCGCGCAGAACACAAGAAGAAAAAGGCGAAGAAAACAAGGAGGGGGCGACAAGGGCCGCAAACCCGGACAGGGGAAAAGAAAGGGGCCAGAGCCGAGCGGGAGCAAGGAGCAAGGCAAAAAGGGGGAAGCGACGCCGAACAAAGCCGAAAGCAAAAGGGGCAAGCGCGACAAAAGAAAAGCGCGCGGGAGCAACGAACCAAACGAAAAAGGAGGAGGCGGAGGAGGCAGCAGCAAGCGAGGAAAGGGCAGGGCGGAGGAGGAGACGGCGCGAAGAGGCAAGGCAAGGGAGGGAGGACAAGGGAAGAGGGGCGGAGGGCGCGGGAAGCAGAGGAAGAAGAGGGAACAGCGAAGGCGGGCAAGGCGGGGAAGGGGCGGGGGGCGGGAAGCGAGGGACAAGCGAAGGCGAGAAGGGCAAGAGAGGAGGCGCACGCAGCCGCAACGCAAGGAGCGCAAGAAGAGGCGAAGCGGGGAAAAAGAAGAAAGGAAGAAAAAAGGGCAAGAGGCGGGACGGGAAGGGAGGAAAGGGAAGAAGGAAAAGAGGCAGCGGCAAGAAGAGGGGAAAGCAAGAGAGGGGAGAGAACAGAACCGGCGACAGGGCGACGGGCACGAAGGCGGCGAAAAGGAGAGAGAAAAGGGGGAGCAGGCAAAAGCCAGCAGGAGAGAGAACCGGAAGGGGGAGGACGCCACAGGGCGCAAACCCCGCAAAAGCGGACGAAGGCGACGACGACGGGAAAGAAGAAAGGGCAAGGGGGAAAAGGGGGGAAAAGGCAGAAGAGCACGAGGAGACAAGGACGGGGCGAGCAAACAAAAGCAAAGGGGAAGGGGGAAAGGCCGAAACAAGGGGGAGACGGCAAAGCAACAAAAAGCAGCAAAGAGAGGCCAAAGAGGCAAGGGCAAAAAAGAGGGCAGAGAAAAGAGGGAAGCGGGGCGAGAAAGAAAGGGGGAGAGGGAGCCCACGCAAAAGAGGGGGGGGCAAGAGAGGGAAGGGGGGGAGAGACCAAAGCAACCAGCGCGGCCCAGGGGCCAAAAGAGAAAAAGGGGCAAAACCCGGCGCCAAAAAGGGGGCGAAAGGGAGGGAGGAGGAGCGGGGCGCAAAGGGGGACAAAGCGCCGCAGCGGAAGGCAAGAAGAGCAAGGGGGGGGGGGACCAAAAAGCACGAACAGGAAAGGACCCAAGCAAGGAGGGGACCGAAAGGGAAGGAAGCGGGGGGCAGGAGGGGGGACAGCGAGAGGGGGGGCGCACGCCACAGGACGAGAAAGAAAGCAGAGCGAGGGAAGGGCAAAGAAAGCGAGGGACCAAAAGGGAGAGGCGGAGGAAAGCAAAAGGAGGGAAGGACAAAAGGAGGGGGCACGAGCAAGAAAAAGGGGGAAGAGGGAAGAGGGGCGGGCGGGGAAGGCGGAAAAGGAAGGGGGGGAGCACGAGGCAAGGGGGGAGAAAGGCGAGCGGGGAGAAGGGGCGAAAGAGAAGGGCCGAAGCAAAAAGGAGCGCACAAAGGAGGGGGCGAGCGGGAAAAGCGAAAGAACAGGGAGGGGGGAGGGGAGCACAAGCAAAGAGGGGGCGGAAGGGCCAGAAAGGCGAAGGAAGCGAAGGGGAAGGGCACAGAAAGCGCAACCACGGAAACGGCAAGACGAGCAAGCAGCGGGCAAAGAAGAAGCGAGGGAAGGCGGGCCAGAGAGGAGCGGCAAGAAGGACCAAGGGGGGGAGGCAGGCCAACGGGAAAGCAAAGCAAAGCAGCAGGCAAAGCAAAGACACACGAGGCAACGGAGCCAGAAGCAGGACAAGAAGACGCCAGAGGAGCGAGAGAAAGGGAGAAAACCAAAGAGGGGGAGGGGCAGAGGGGGGAGGCAAAGGGGAGGCAGAGGAAGGAGAAAGGGCAGCGAAAAGCGGGGGAGGAGCGGGCAGAGGAAGGAAGGGGCGAGGAGGGACGACCAGCAAGGCGGGCAGAGGGGGAAGAAAAGAGCAAGGGGGGGGAAGAAGCCAGACACGGGGGGGGGAGGAAAAAGCACAGAGCAAAAAGGAGGCGGGACGAAGAAAGGCACAAAAGGGGAACAAGGGGCAGAGGGAGGGGGGGGAGACGAAGGAGACGGGGGAAGAGGAGGGGGGCAGGGAAGGGAGGAGGGGGAAAGGAAGGCGCGAGAAAAGCCCAGCCCGCAGCCAGAAGAAGGGGGAAAGGCGGGGAAGAAGAAGGGGGAGGGGAAGCCGCGGGAAGGGAGAGGCAGGACGGGGGGAGGGGGGGCCAAGGAGGGAGCAAGGGGCGGGGAGGGGGGAAGCAAGGCAAAAGGAAGGAAGGAGGAAAGGCGAACCAACACGGCAGGACACAACAAAGGGAGCCACCCAGGACCAGGCACCCAGGGGAACCAGAGGGAAGAGGGCGCAAAAAGCACCCGCCAGAAGGAAGGAGGGGAAGAGGCAGGAAGGCGGGGAAAACAAGAGCAGCGACCAGGGAAGCAGGGGGCACGGGGAGCGAGCGCAGAGGGAACCAAAAGAAGGGACGAAGCGCAAGGAGCCGGAGGGGAGAAAGGCGAGGCAAGAAGAGCGCGAGCAAGGCAAAAGAAAGGAGGGGGGGAACGGGGGCCAAGACCGCGAACCACAAGGGGGGAGGAACCAAAGGGGGCGGCCGGAACAAAGCAAACGAAGAAGGCGGGAGGGGGAGGAAGAAAGCAAGGCGCGGGGCAAAAGGAGACGCGCAAGAAGAAGGAAGAGAGGGGGAGGAAACCGGGGCACCGGGGGCCGACGGGAAGCAAGCAGAAGGGGCCGAGCCGACGCCGCACACAAAGAGGGCACCGGGGAGCAAAGGGACGGGAAAAGCGCAGGCGGGAAGGGGCGACGCGAAGAAGAAGGGGAGGGCGAACAACCCCAGGGGGGAGGGAAAAGGCGAAGGGGAGAAAGGCGACAAACGGAAAAAGGCAGGGGAGGGGGGAAACAAGCACCGAGAGCGGGGGAGGAGACGGGGGCAAGGGGCGGAGAAGCGGGGGAGGCACCAAAGGCCGGGGGACAAAACGCGAGGGAGAAGGCAAGAGGGGGAGCAGAGGGGAGGAGGGCAAAGAGAGGGGAGGAGAGGAGGGGGGAAGCACGAACAAGGCGGGGGGGGAGAAAGGGGCGAAGCGGAGGCAGAAGAAAGGCGAAAGGAGCAGGAGGGGGGAAGGGAAGGACGGCGGGGGCGGACAAGGCAAACAACGGAAAGAAGAAGGAGGAGGCAGCAAGCAAGCAAAGGACACCCGCGACGGGAGAAAGAAGGGGCCGGGAGGGAAAAGCAGCGAGCAAAAGGCCAAGGAGCACAGCAAGAAGGCGAGACAAAGAGGAAGAGGGAAAGGAGGGCGAGCAAACAAAAGAGAGAGGAAGGAGGGGGCGCGGCGAGAGCGGACG